CCGGCAUUCCCAUCAUGCACCGCGCGCCUGUGACUUGCUAGCAGAGAGGGAGCGCGAGCGAAAAAAAAAUUAGUCCGGCAGUUUAGCUGAGCCGAAGUGAGCGAGGCUGUGAGAGCGGAGUGUCGGAAAGAAUCGUCGGGCUUUUUCUACUGAAUCGAGAGCUACAUUAAUCGGCAAACAUGAACGAUAACGAGAAGUUGGACAACCAAAGGCUGAAAAAUUUCAAAAAUAAAGGUCGCGAUUUGGAGACGAUGAGAAGACAGCGCACCGAGGUGGUCGUUGAACUGCGAAAGAAUAAGAGAGACGAGCACCUCUUGAAGAGGAGGAACGUCCCGCACGAAGACAUCUGCGACGACUCUGACGUUGACGGAGAUUUCAGGACGCAAAACACCUCACUGGAGGCAAUCGUCCAAAAUGCCACCAGUGACAACCAGGGCAUUCAGCUGAGUGCAGUGCAGGCUGCCAGGAAACUGCUAUCGAGUGACCGCAACCCUCCCAUAGAUGACUUGAUAAAGUCUGGUAUUCUGCCUAUUCUUGUGCACUGCUUGGAUAGAGAUGACAACCCGUCUCUGCAGUUUGAGGCAGCCUGGGCUUUAACCAACAUUGCUUCAGGGACCUCGGAGCAAACGCAGGCAGUGGUGCAGUCCAAUGCAGUUCCCCUGUUCCUACGGCUGCUCCACUCUCCCCACCAGAAUGUGUGUGAGCAAGCUGUCUGGGCUUUGGGCAAUAUCAUCGGUGAUGGCCCCCAGUGCAGGGACUAUGUGAUUAGCCUUGGGGUUGUCAAGCCCCUGCUGUCCUUCAUUAGCCCCUCCAUCCCUAUCACCUUCCUGCGCAAUGUCACUUGGGUCAUGGUCAACCUGUGCCGUCACAAGGAUCCGCCUCCACCAAUGGAGACCAUCCAGGAGAUCCUGCCUGCCCUGUGUGUCCUGAUUCAUCACACAGACGUUAACAUCCUUGUGGACACAGUGUGGGCUCUGUCUUAUUUGACCGAUGCUGGCAAUGAGCAGAUCCAGAUGGUUAUCGACUCUGGCAUUGUUCCUCACCUGGUACCGCUUCUUAGCCACCAGGAGGUCAAAGUUCAGACUGCAGCUCUGCGUGCUGUGGGGAACAUCGUGACCGGCACAGACGAACAAACACAGGUGGUGCUGAACUGCGAAGCCCUAAGCCACUUCCCUUCUUUGCUUACACACCCCAAGGAAAAAAUCAACAAGGAGGCUGUGUGGUUCCUGUCCAAUAUUACAGCUGGGAACCAGCAGCAGGUCCAGGCAGUUAUUGAUGCUAAUCUGGUGCCCAUGAUCAUCCUUCUGCUUGACAAGGGAGAUUUCGGCACUCAGAAGGAGGCCGCUUGGGCCAUCAGUAACCUCACAAUUAGUGGCAGGAAAGACCAGGUGGCGUACCUGAUCCAGCAGCAAGUCAUUCCACCCUUCUGUAACCUACUGACAGUGAAGGAUGCUCAGGUGGUGCAGGUGGUUCUGGAUGGACUCAGCAACAUUCUGAAAAUGGCUGAUGAAGAGGCAGAGACCAUCGCCAACCUGAUUGAGGAGUGUGGAGGGUUGGAAAAAAUCGAGCAGCUACAGAACCACGAGAACGAGGACAUCUACAAACUGGCGUACGAAAUCAUCGAUCAGUUCUUCUCGUCCGACGAUAUCGAUGAGGACUCGGCUCUGGUCCCCGAAGCCAUCCAAGGUGGAACAUACGGAUUCAAUUCAUCAGCCAACGUGCCAGCAGAGGGAUUCCAGUUCUAGAAGAGCGAUGCAAAAUCUGGCGAAUUUGUUUGCGAUGCAGCACUCUAACAUGUACACAAAAAAAAUUUAAUUAGGAGAGAAAGAGAGAAGCGUGCGAAUGUGAGAAAUUAGAUCCAUUGUGCUUGGCUCAUGGGAUCCAUGGCUGCAUCUAAUCCAAGAGAAAUUGUGUGGAUUUCGUUUGGCAUCCUGGCGUGAAUCCAGUCCAAAUGAAGUUUGUGACGGCGAGUGGGUGCGAGUGAGAAUGAGUGGGCUACUAAAUGUUGCAAAAACACAACCAUCAACACCGAAUGCGUUCAGAGAACAUUUUCGUGAAAAAUGUCACACAAAUAUCCGGACACGUCUACAAAAAACGACAAAAAGCAAAAUCGGCACAAAACAAAAAAACAAACCCAAACAAAAACCACGGGGAGAAACACGAUGUUGCAACCUAGCAAUCAAUUGGAGGGAUCGACACAAGAAAACGGACAAAACCUCUGAACAAGAAAAGAAAAAAAAAUUCACAAGAAAAUGAACUGAGCAGCGGGAGACGUCGCACCCGUCGGCGUCUCCCCUCCCCGCAAUGGUCCCCGCUGUGAGAGGUGUGUGCGAGUGAGCCGUUUUUGCGUAUGAAUGUAUGGACUCGGGGCCGAGGACGCGGAGCUCCCCUCCGAAAUCUCUUAACUCUCAGCGCACGUUGUUUCUCGACCACGCUGUUUGUGCAAAGUCAGCAGACGAAUGGAUGUGUGUGUGAGGGAGUGAGUGAGUGUGUGUGCGUGUGACUGACUGGAGUGUGUGUCAGACAGGGCUGAAUGUGGACGCAUGUGGAGAGUCACCAUUGAAAAUACCGAAAGGAGCGUUAAUACAAAGUAGUCUGGAAAAAUCAAAUAAAGGAAAAAAAAAACACCAACUGCAAGGAAGAAGCGGCUGAUAAAAGAAGAAAAAACAAAACCUUCAAGAAUACAAAUUGUUUAAGCAGCAGCAAUGAUUUAAAAUUUAAAAACAGACAUCAGGUUUCUUUUCUUUCUCGUUUUUUUUUUUUAAAGCAACACUGGACGAGGCUCUCGCGUGGAGAAACGGAGGGCCGUCAAGUUUAAAAACGAUGCACUCUGUAGCUUUCGGGAUUCGCUUUUAGUCUCCGGUGUUUUACUUUUUUCUUUUUUCUUUUUUUUUUCUUUUAGCGUCCGAGAUAUAUUUUCAGUGCUUGUGUAGAACUGCGGGUUUAACCCUUACAUUUAUCUUUAAUACAAGUACCACUGUAGUUUUGGCUUUUGGGAAAGAAAAAAUUGCCACCUUUUUCUUACCUUUAUGCUCUCUAUUACUUUUCUGCAUGAUAUUUGUUCUUUCAAACCCCCCUCCCCCUCUCCCCCUCCUCAUCUGGUAGGUUCUCAUUAGCGCUUUCACACCUCGUAAUAAAUGGAGCAAUGAUGCCAUCCGAUGUAAAAUCAAUUCAGAUUUUUUCGCGUACUGAAACGCAGCGUACUUUUUAUGGGUUUUUACUUCCGUUGACAAAUUACUUCCCCUUCCUUUUUAUUUGUAAGCUAAUUUUAUAUAUAUAUAUAUAUAUAUAUAAAAACUCUCAGUACCCCAUGAUCUGAUUUCGUCAAACUUUUUUUUUUUUUGUUUGUUUUUUUGCUUUGCGUACACACUGAGGACAGCGCGCUGUGUGACGAGUGCGGAGGAAGGACCGACACGCCUGUCCUCAUCAAAGUAUAUGCAUAAUACAAAUACAAUCUUGACUUUCUUUUUAUAUAUAUAUAUAUAUAUGUAUAUGUAGAUAGUACCAAUUAAUGUCAAGCCACAUUAGAGGUGUAAUUCAUGAUAGUUUCAAUGAUUUGAAAUAAAUGGACCUGCCUCCUAUUUCGGGGUGUUCUUUUUGAAAAGAAAAAAAAAAUUUCAGUAGCGUGAUGCUCCAGCUCCCUUAAAGUCUCCGGUGUCCUGCAGAUAAUUGUCCGGUGCCUUCUUUGUAGAGCACAAGUAAAGGAGAAAAAAAUGCAUGAACAAAAAACGGUUGUGUUCUCACGUACACUAUAUUGUCCUCCUUAUUCCCUUAUAGGUCUCUUUUUUUUUUCGCUCUUUUUUUUUCCCCUGUUGAAAUUACACAAGACUCUAGAGAUUAUUCUUUGUGGUCCUAACCUUCUGUUGGACAUAGGCCUAUAUAUGUGCAGCAUUCCUCAAAGAUGUGGUUUCAUAUGUGCAGCAUUAGCAAAGUUGUGGGUUCAGAGGUGGGGAAAUCACCAAAAUUAGAUAAUAUGCUUUAACCUGUUGACCAUAUGACUCCAGGCUAAGGUUCUUUGCUGAAAUAAAUAUUGAAACCAUG